AUGUUGGCAUCUCGUCAGCUCCUGGGCGUUGCCCGGAGCCGCGCCUUGGGCAGCGCGAGCCUGGGUUUGCGGCGCAUGGCGACCGUGUCCGAUUCACCGCUGGACAAGAAGGUUCGGCAAAACAAUUGGGAGGAGGGCAACUUCAUCAAUUACAAGAAGAUGUCGGAGAACCUCGCCAUUGUGAGGUCAAGACUCAACCGCCCUCUUACCUACGCCGAAAAGAUCCUCUACUCCCACUUGGACGAUCCGCAUGGUCAAGAGAUUGAGCGCGGUGUCUCCUACCUCAGACUCCGGCCGGACCGUGUCGCCUGCCAGGAUGCUACCGCCCAGAUGGCUAUCCUGCAGUUCAUGUCGGCCGGCAUGCCUUCGGUCGCCAACCCGACCACCGUCCACUGCGACCACUUGAUUGAGGCUCAGGUUGGCGGUGUUAAAGAUCUCGAGCGUGCUGUCAGCAUCAACAAGGAGGUCUACGAUUUCCUGUCUAGCGCCUGCGCAAAGUACAACAUUGGUUUUUGGAAGCCCGGCUCUGGUAUCAUUCACCAGAUCCUGCUCGAGAACUACGCUUUCCCUGGUGGUCUCCUCAUCGGUACCGACUCGCACACUCCCAAUGCUGGUGGUCUUGGCAUGUGCGCCAUCGGUGUCGGUGGUGCCGACGCUGUCGAUGUUAUGGCCAACCUCCCCUGGGAGCUCAAAGCCCCCAAAAUUAUCGGUGUUAGACUGACUGGCAAGCUCUCUGGCUGGACUGCUCCCAAGGAUGUCAUCCUGAAGGUCGCCGGCAUCCUGACAGUCAAGGGCGGUACCGGCGCCAUCGUUGAGUAUCAUGGCCCCGGAGCUGAGACUAUCAGCUCGACUGGCAUGGGAACCAUCUGCAACAUGGGUGCUGAAAUUGGUGCCACCACCUCUCUCUUCCCUUUCAACGACCGGAUGUACGAGUACCUUGCCGCUACCAAGCGUAAGGAGAUUGGCGACUUUGCCCGCUCCUACGCGAAGGAGCUGCGCGAGGAUGAGGGCGCCGAGUACGACCAGCUGAUCGAGAUCAACCUCUCUGAGCUCGAGCCCCACAUCAACGGCCCUUUCACCCCCGAUCUGGCGACUCCCAUCUCCAAGUUCGCCGAGGCUGCCAAGGCCAACGGCUGGCCUGAGGAGAUCAAAGUCGGCUUAAUCGGGUCGUGCACUAACUCCUCGUAUGAGGACAUGACGCGUGCCGCCGCGAUCGCGCGCGAUGCUAUCAACCACGGCAUCAAGGCCAAGUCCACCUUCGUUGUGACCCCUGGUUCCGAGCAGAUCCGCGCCACCAUCGCACGUGACGGCCAGCUGCAGACCUUUGAAGAGUUCGGUGGUGUUGUUCUGGCGAACGCCUGCGGCCCUUGCAUCGGCCAGUGGGAUCGCAAGGACGUCAAGAAGGGUGAAGCCAACACGAUCAUCUCGUCUUACAACCGAAACUUCACCGGCCGUAACGAUGGCAACCCCGCCACUCAUGCUUUCGUCACCUCGCCCGACCUCGUCGUUGCCAUGAGCAUUGCCGGUACUCUCCACUUCAACCCUCUGACCGAUAAGCUCAAGGAUAAGGACGGAAACGAGUUCCUGCUUGCUCCUCCGUCGGGUGAAGCUCUGCCCUCCAGGGGCUACGAUCCGGGCCAGGACACGUACCAGGCUCCGCCGCAGGACCGCGCUUCCGUCAACGUCCAAGUCUCUCCCACCUCGGAUCGUCUCCAGAUCCUUUCUCCGUUCAACCCCUGGGACGGCAAGGAUGCCCUUGGCUUGCCCAUCCUGAUUAAGGCCCAGGGCAAGACUACCACUGACCACAUCUCAAUGGCUGGCCCAUGGCUCAAGUACCGUGGCCACCUCGACAACAUCUCCAACAACAUGCUUAUUGGCGCCAUCAAUGCUGCCAAUGGCGAGGCCAACUCGGUCAAGAACCAGACGACUGGCCAAUUCGAUGCUGUCCCGGCCGUUGCCCGUGACUACAAGGCCAAGGGGAUCAAGUGGGUUGUUGUGGGUGACUGGAACUACGGCGAGGGCUCGUCGCGUGAGCACGCCGCCCUCGAGCCGCGCCACCUUGGCGGUCUCGCCAUCAUCACCCGGUCGUUCGCCCGUAUCCACGAGACCAACCUGAAGAAGCAGGGCAUGCUCCCGCUGACCUUCUCGGACCCGGCCGACUACGACAAGAUUCAGCCCGACGACAGGGUCGACAUCAUGUGCACCGAGCUCGCCGUUGGCAAGCCGAUUACGAUGCGGGUGCACCCCAAGGACGGCAAGCCGUACGAGGUGAAGCUGCUCCACACGUUCAACGAGGCGCAGCUUGAGUGGUUCAAGAACGGCAGCGCGCUGAACACGAUGGCCAAGCAGGCCAAGAACUAA